AUGGGUAAGGUUAAGUGCUCCGAGUUGCGCACUAAAGAUAAAAAAGAACUCUUCAAACAGCUUGAAGAGUUAAAAACAGAGUUAACUAACCUUCGAGUUGCUAAGGUUACUGGUGGAGUAGCGUCAAAGCUUUCUAAAAUACGAGUUGUAAGAAAGGCUAUUGCUCGAGUUUACAUUGUAUACCAUCAGAAAAUGAAGGUAAAUCUUCGGAACCAUUACAAAAAUAAGAAACGAGUUGUAAGAAAGGCUAUUGCUCGAGUUUACAUUGUAUACCAUCAGAAAAUGAAGGUAAAUCUUCGGAACCAUUACAAAAAUAAGAAGUACAAGCCACUGGAUCUCAGGCCCAAGAAAACUCGUGCUAUGCGAAAGGCUCUUACAAAGCACGAAGCUAAAUUAAAAACGCGCAAGGAAAUAAGGAAGAAGUCUCUGUUUCCACCUCGUGUGUAUGCUGUUAAAGCCUGA